CGGUGUUGAAUUUCUUGCAUGCUGUCAGUUUCUCGAUAGCUAUCGUAAACGCACGGUGUUGUUAGCUGUUUUACUUCAUCGAUAAACCAAAGUUUGAAUGAUUUGAUUUUAUUAAACAAUUUUAUGUGAAUACUUUAAACAAAUGUCUGCACUAAGUGAAGACAUUGUUCGCAAUCUCAUAGCGAAUUCCAGUGUGCCAUUGGUGUUUCGGGGCUAUGUACGAAACUGGUCAAUAUGCCAAUGGGAUGUAGAAAAAUGGUGUUCAGUUUUUGGAGAAAAAGAGAUACCAUUCAGAUGUUUAAAGAAAGAUUUCUUAUCAGACGAACCCUGUUGGGAACGACGAUGUUCUGUGAAAAGAAUGUCCUUCAAAAAUUUCGUUGAUACGUCUGCGUCAAGCGACGAAUGGAUGUACUUCGAUUACAAAUACCUCUAUCAGUGGUUUAAUGGAGAUGAUGAGUUGUAUAAGGGUGUUUCAUGGCAACAGUUUGGGUAUUCCGACAAAAAUGCUUCGGAUGCGACUCUGUGGGUGGGCAGUAGUGGUGCACACACACCGGCCCAUCAAGACACAUAUGGAGUAAAUAUUGUGACUCAGUUGUAUGGAAAAAAGCGAUGGAUUUUGUUCCCACCUGAAACUGGUGGUUUGAAACCAACAAGGGUACCUUAUGAGGAGUCAAGCGUUUAUAGUGAACUUAACUUCUAUUGUCCAAAUAAUUUAGAAGUUUUUAAUGGUCUGAUUGGAGCUCGCUCUGUGGAACUAUCAGCUGGUGAUGCUCUUCUGGUACCCAGGGGCUGGUGGCACUAUGUUCAGAAUUUAGAUCCACUGAACAUAGCACUUAAUAUGUGGCUGCCACAUGAAAAAGAUGGUUCAACAAGAGUAUCAGAAGCCCUCAUCAAAAUAUUUGUGGCCCAAAUAUGUAAAGAUUUGCCUCAAGAAACAGCAAAGCUGAUUGUUAAUCCAAAUGAGGACGACAUUGCGGAUACGCCGUUGUCUGUGCUAUUUUUACAAUUAGAGACAGUUGCAAACGCGUAUCUUGACAACCGUCGCAAGCUGCGGCGCGCCAAACGACAGAGAACCUGCGAGGACGAACCGACUCCUGCCGCCAUCGAAGACUACGACGUUAAAACUGUAUUAGAGAAUAAAGCUAAUAACUUAGAAAUACCUCCGAGUAUAAGUAGCGAGGAACUGGUAAAGAUAAUUAAACAGAAUCUCUUAGAGUACGCGAAUAAAGACAGGCCUUUGUGUGAUGACGAGAUAGACGGGUCCACGACUGCCCUGUGCCUCACCAAAGCGGUGAUUGACUCGUACAGUCAAGCCAAUGUUAUCGAUCUCGUUAAACAGAAUUUAUUUGCUCGUCUCAGUUAAAUACAGUGUUUCAUAGACUGUCUGACUGACUUUUUAUAGUAUUUUAGGCAUUAUGUAUUCUAGUCUUAAGUAAAAGUGAAUGUUUCUUCUUGAUACCGUGUAUUUGUAAAGCAAUGUAGGUCAUAUUUUUAUAGUGCGUGUGCGCAUAAAGUACUUCCCGGUAUUGGAAGUAACAAUAAAAAAAUAUUGCAAAGGAAAAUCGGUUAUUAUGAAACUGUUCCGAUGGACUGUGAUAUGAAAAUAGACUGGAAUGUUUGUACUAGUGUGACUAUCUGCGCUAUGCAUAUUAGGUAGGUCUUCGGAAUUUUAAACUAAACCAAUUGAUCGGUUACAGAGUGAUCGAUGGAAGAUAACAGCUAGGCUGUAGGUAACUGUGGUAAAUGUGAAAUUUCAUAUUUCGUGUUAUUCAAUUCACGAGGUUUACCUGUUUAUUGUAUUUCACAAGAUGCUAAUUGGUAUGAGUUCGAUGUGUGACGUCAAAUAUAUUUUUAGAUGUGUUAUAAUUUAAAAGGAUAAACUAUAUUAUUGAAGUAUGAGACAUUACACGCUUGGCUGAAUGUGUGUGAUAUAUUUCCCGCUCAUUUAGGAUGAAUAGUGGCGAUUUGUGCCAUAAUUCUAAAAAAAACAUAUAUAAUUUAAAAGUUUUAAAGCG